AUGAGUCCCCGCCCAGAGUAUGAGCCUGAUGAAAACGAACCUGAUGAGAACGAGCCUGAUGAGGACGAAGGUGGACAUCACAGUAUAAAUAAAGGGUCACCAUCGCCUACCCCCACCGGCAAUAAAAAUCAUCACCAUGAUACGGCAACGAGUUCACCAACUGAUACAAGCGGCAAUACACUUCCUUCAUCAUCCAACAACAAUAACACUGUACCUACCUCAACCAUUGGGCCGUUGACGGUCGCCCUGGUCGUGAUUCUCGUCGUCAUCACUUGCUGCAUCUUACACUGUGCUCGUAUACGAAAGCGUCUGAACGAUCAACAACGUACACAAACCAUUAACGGCUGGACCUCGUUUUUGUCACAAUUUAAGAAACAGGCGAACAAUGAAGACCAAACAAUAAUCGCGCGAGACGUGGAAGAAGGCACGGUAGCAGCACCUGGAGCAGCGGUAUCCAGUGCAGGAACAAUAGAAAAAGAAGGCAAUAGCAGCAGCACUCGACGAAAACCGGUGAAAAAACGCGACUAUUAUGACCGUGCCUUCCAGUAUCGAAUGAGCAAACCGCCGCCCUUACCACCCUAUGAAACGGACAACGAAGCAAACCAGCGAGGAAAUAGCAAUAGUAGCAACAAUGACGAAAGACAGCCAUCCAUAGUGUUCUCGCCAGGUUGGCUGUUUGCAUUCAGUGAUAAACAAAACGAGAGGGAAAGUAAAAUUAGCCAGAAGCAUCUUAUCAAAGAAGGCGAAAAGACCGAGGACGGUGCUGCGUCAACGCCCCUGUCACCCCCUGAGCCCGUUCACCAUCAUGCCACCACCGCCGCCAACUCUGAUCGGCUUUGCCCCCACCAAGUUACUGUGGAUAAGGAUCCAACACCUGCAUCACCUGAGCCAUCAUUACAAAAGCCUCACCAAAAAUUCUCUUCAGAAGCAUAG